AUGGCGCAGCCCGAGGCGGCCCUCGCCGCGGCGCUCGCGAAGAUCAACAAGACCGCGACGCCGCAGGACCUCAAGACGUCGGGCCCGCGGCUCCGGGCCCUCCUCGCCGACGUGCUGCAGGAGAUCGACGGCUCCGUCUCCGGCGACGUCGACGACCAGAUCGCGCUCCUGCGCGUCCUCGGCCUCGACCCGACGCCGGACCUGCGCGACCAGCUCCUCGCGGGCGACCGCCGCGCCGCGCUGCCGCUGCUGGAGUUCUGCACCGCGAACGUGCAGACGCACAAGAAGCGCGUCUACGACGCGCGCUUCUCGCUGUCCGUGCGCGUGCUCGCGGAGCGCGCGGCGCCGCGCAGCGACUCCGCGGCGGCCUGGGCGGCCGCGCGGGACGCGUGGGCCCCGCCGGCGCCGCCGAAGCCGCCCGCGGCCGCGCCGCUCUUCGAGCGCGCGCUCGAGGUCGGCGUCCCCGAGACCUGGGACCUCGACAAGCUCGCGGCCCUCGCGAAGAUCGACGGCAAGGAGACGGCGGCGCACCCGCGGCGCACGAUGUCGCAGCGCUGGAAGGCGUCCGCGCGGCGCCUCGCGGCGAAGAUGCUCAAGCGCACGGGCGGGACGCGGCGCAAGAAGCCGGCGACGGACAAGGAGGCGCCGCCGAAGGACUGCCUCCACGCGACGGAGCCCGGCGCCGUGACGCCCCAGCUGCUCUGGAGCUACCCGCGGCGCGAGCCCGGCGAGCUCGCGGGCGAGGUGCUGCCCUUCUGCUUCCCCAACGGCGUCCGCGUCGAGCGGUCCAAGCCCGACGGCGACGACGACGCCUUCGUCUUCCAGCUCUCCCUGCCCGACGACGGCCCCGCGGCGGCGGCCGCCGCGGGCCAGUCGCAGUCGCUCGUCUACGGCGUCUGCGUCGUCGAGUGGGCGUCGCGCGCCACGGCGUCGGGCUCCUUCGCCGUGCCGCGCGCGACGUGCCUCCUCACGCGGCUCCCGCUCCUCGACCUCCACGCGGCCGUGCUCCGCGACGCGCUGGCCGUCGCGCGCCGUUCGCGGGACCGCCACCUCGCGCUCCGCCGCGUCUUCGGCCGCUACGCGGCCGUCGAGGCGCCGAAGCCGGGCAUGCCCGCGGCCUUCGCCGCGGACCCGGCCGCGGAGCCGCGCCGCGGCGUGCGGCCCGCGGCGACGACGGGCCUCGACUUCCUCCGGGGCGCGCGGCCCGUGGACCUGCCGGACGCCGUCGCGCCGCACAUGGCGUGGACGGCCGCGGAGUACGCGGCCGUCGACGCGACGGCGCACUGGGCCGUGCCCCGGCUGCUGCGGCUGCUGCCGCUCCACACGCUGCUGCGCGCGCUCGCGGGCGCGCUCUGCGAGAUGCAGGUCGUCGUCAUCUCGCGCGACCCGGCGCGGGGCGCGGCCGCGGUGCUCGGCCUCGCGGCGCUCGCGCGGCCCCUGCUCUGGGUCGGCCCCCUCGUGCCCGUGCUCCCGGCCCAGCUCCACGCGCUCCUCGAGGCGCCCGUGCCCUUCCUCGUGGGCGCGCCGCGGACGGAGACGUGGGCGCGGUGCAUCGCGGAGCGGUUGCCGAAGCCGGGCUUCUUCGUCCUCGACGCCGACGACGGGGGCCUCUGCUUCCACCCCCACGACGCGGACCUGCUGGAGCUGCCCCACGCGGACGCGCUCGCGGACGCGCUCGCGCCGCUCGUCGAGGCCGCGCGCGGCGCGGACGCGCCGGACGCGCCGCGCGCGCGCGACGCCGCGGGCCACGCGGCGCGCGUCGUCUGCCGCCACGUCGCCAAGCUCGCGACGGUCGCCCUCAAGUUCGAGUCGACCCAGGCCGCGAACCCCGCGCGGCGGAGCCGCCUCGCCGAGUCGGUCCGCGGCCGCGAGUCCGUCGAGUUCGCGAACCUGAUGCGCGAGGAGUUCGACGACGGCGACGACGAGGACGCGGCGGAGCCCCCCCCGGCGGGCCGGCGCGGCGGGAGCGUCGAGUGCUCGCGGUCGCUCGUCCGCGGCGGCUUCCUCGAGGCGGGCGACCCGCGCGCGUCCGCGCUCUGGGCGCGGCGGUCGACGAACCUGCGCCUCGACGAGUCCAUCGCCCGCGACCCCAUGCGCCGCGUCUUCUUCGAGCGCGUCGCCGAGUCCCAGGCCUACGCCGUCUACCGCGAGUCGUUCCCCACCUUCGCGGGCUUCGGCGUCGGCGCGGACCGGCCCGCGGCGGGCUUCGGCGUCGGCGCGGACCGGCCCGCGCCGGCGCCGAAGCGCGACGCCGGCGAGUCGCCGACGUCCGUCGACGACGACCCGCUCCUCGCGACCGUGAGCUGGCGGCCCCCGUCGCCCACGGACCUGCCCGACGCGAUCGACGCGACGCCGCUCCACCGCCCGCGCGCGUCCAUCUCGCCCCAGCGCUCCAAGUCGCCCCACACCUUCGCCGCGCCCGCCGCCGACGACGACGCCUCCGCCUUCCAGCUCGACGACCCCUCCGUCAUCACGGAGCUCGGCUUCGAGGGGCAACUUGAGGGGCAACGUUGA